UCCGUGACACAGCAAUCACAAAAAAGACAAAGUCCAUUUAGAUGGAAGUGGGAGCGGAAUGAGGGGCCAUUUUGACUCUGAGGUCCAAGGAAAUGACUGGUCAGAUCAGAUGCGCCUGGCAGCCGGGGUACCCAGGGUCUAAGGAUAACUCUGGCUAUGAUGGCCGUGCUUCUCACAGAGGACUACAGAUUUCUGCACUCUGAGCAAAGCCAGGUGUUCUGAGACACUUUCCCUAAAGGAUGGCCAAGGGGCUCCUGGUGACCUAUGUCCUCUGGGCUGUAGGGGGCCCUGUUGGGCUGCACCACCUGUAUCUGGGCAGGGAUAGCCACGCGCUGCUCUGGAUGCUGACCCUGGGGGGCGGUGGGGUAGGCUGGCUCUGGGAGUUCUGGAAGCUCCCAGGCUUUGUAGCUCAGGCCAACAGAGCCCAAGGACAGAGGCAGAGUUCAAGAGGCGGGACGCCCCCUGUGAGUCUCAUUCGCUUUGCCGCCCAGGUGAUCGUGGGCAUCUAUUUUGGCCUUGUGGCUCUCAUUAGCCUUUCCUUCAUGGCCAGCUUCUAUAUUGUGGGCCUCCCACUGGCAGUUGGCUUAGGAGUCUUGCUGGUGGCUGCUGUUGGCAACCAGACCUCAGACGUGAAGAACACGCUAGGGGCGGCAUUUCUCACUUCCCCUGUCUUCUAUGGCCGCUCCAUAGCCAUCCUGCCCAUCAGCGUAGUGGCCAGCAUCACAGCCCAGAAGCAUCGCCGCUACAAAGCGUCCGCAGUGUCAGAGACACUCAGUGUGCGGCUCUACCGCCUGAGCUUAGCUUACCUCGCUUUCACAGGCCCGCUGGCAUACAGCGCCUUCUGCAACACAGCUGCCACCCUCAGCUAUGUGGCAGAGACCCUUGGCUCCCUCUUGAGUUGGUUCAGCUUCUUCCCCCUCCUUGGCCGCCUCAUGGAAUCUGUCCUCCUCCUGCCUUACCGCAUCUGGAGGCUGCUGGUGGGGGAUCAUGGCUUCAGCAGCGGCUACUUCCAGGAGUGGGAGAAGCUCUAUGAGUUUGUUCGCAGUUUUCAGGAUGAGAAACGCCAAUUGGCUUACCAGGUUUUGGGUCUCUUAGAAGGGGCAACAAAUGAAGACAUACAUCAGCGAUAUCGGGAGCUAGUGAAGAUCUGGCAUCCUGACCACAACCCGCACCAGACAGAAGAGGCUCAGAGGCACUUCCUGGAGAUCCAGGCUGCAUACGAAGCCCUGAGUCCGCCCAGAAAGCUCAGGGGAUUCUAGAGGUGAGAAGGACAUUUCUCUUUGAGGACGGACUCUUCCUGGCAGAGCUGGGCACUCUGUCCCAGCUUAUCUGCCUACAGGGGGCACCCAACAGCAUUAAAGAAACUGCUUAUAGUUGAGAUUGAGAAAACCUGAAAUAGGUGAGAAAGCUAUUGUGGUGGAAAAUGUAUUUAUGUAUUGAAUUUAUGAGUUCUUGGCUGUUGUAUUCCUAUUUUUCUUAAAACCAUAUAGUGAAAUGAAAAACAUUAUAAAAUCAAUAAAAUAUAUUUUAGAGACUAUACCAACCUUA